CACAGUGACACACCAGGGCUAUCUGUUAAGCAAUUUGUACCAUUUGAAUUCACCUAGUGGCUUCCACUUUGAUUCUUGCACUUGAGUCCCUUUGAAAUGCAAAGCUGUCUUUCAAUGCAAAUUGUAUGCCUACUGGCCCAAUAAAAGGCUUUAGACAGGGAGGUGCCUAUCAAAGUGAUAGCUAGUCAGCUGCCAAGGAAGGUGAAGGGAACAGCCGUGAACCAGGAAGAAGUGGAUCAGAGUUGAAGAAAACUCCAGGAGAGAAGAGACAGCUGGCCAAGCAAACACAUUAUGGCAGUGGACCCAUUGGGAAAAAUUUAUGUGGGUUAUCUUUUUGAUAAGGAAACCAAUAUGUACCCCAAUCCUGUAAGGCAUCCUGGCAUGAACCUCAACCACCAAAACUAUAUCCCAGCUCCUUCGCAGUAUUCAGAUUUUGCGAGCUAUCAUCAUGUUCCUGGAAUUAACAGCGACCCACAUCAUGGGCAGCCUGCGGGCACCUGGGGUUCUCCCUAUGCUCCAAGCAGAGAGGAUUGGCACUCCUAUCCACCAGGACCUGCUCCAUCCUCAGCUAACCCAGGCCAGAUUGGUUUCAGCCCUACAGAUUUUAACCCUGUUCAGCCACCGGGCACUGGACUCUUACCACCUGCCAUCAACAGCUCAGUGCCACCCUUGUCUCCUAACUCUCAAAGGCGCAAUCCUUAUGACUGGAUGAGGCGCAGUGGAGUACCAGUCAACAACCCUACCAGUGGAAAGACCAGAACAAAAGACAAAUACCGUGUUGUAUACACGGAUCAUCAGCGCCUAGAAUUGGAGAAGGAAUUUCACUACAGUCGCUACAUCACAAUACGCAGGAAGGCAGAACUUGCAGCUUCAUUGUCACUAACAGAACGACAGGUAAAAAUUUGGUUCCAAAAUCGAAGGGCAAAAGAAAGGAAAGUGAAUAAGAAGAAAAUGCAGAACCAACAGGCCAGCACCACAACACCAACACCCCCCGCUGUAGGCUCCACCGUUGGCAUGGGCCCUCUUUGUAGCAGCAGCAACAGUAACAUGGUAUCACCAAGUGCACUGACUAUAAAAGAAGAAUAUCUUCCAUAAAUUUUAUCAGGCCUUCAAAACUGGGACUCAAGAGGAUGCCAUAUAUUCAUUCUUUGCAGUGAUCCAACAAACCCGUAUGCUAGAAGAAGAGUGCGACAUUUUGGUGCCAACUGUUGCAGCAGAAUGGAAGACACGUCUUAUUUAUCAGAAAUGUCUAAAAGGAAGAACUGUCCUUGCUGCCCAUAGCAGCCAGUCAGAUUCUCUCAUCCAUUCUCUCACACUGCACAGGGAGAGUAAACGUGACAACUUGACUGAUUGCUGUGGACCAAUAAGAAUAGUUUUUUUUUUCUACUUUCUAAAAGAACUGCUGGUACGAUUUCAUUAAAUAUCUAGCACGAGAAAAAUAAUUAAUUUGUACCCAAACUGGACUCUCUCUUAAGUAGUUUGUUUUAACCGUAUUUAAAAACGAAAUUGUAAUCUAAAGGAGGCAUUUUUGUAUGUUGUAUAUUAUGUUUUUUUUUUUUUUUUUGUUCUAAUAACUGUUUCCUUUUUGGGUAAAUUUUCGAAAAAAUUGUGUAUUUGUGAAAACCACUGUAGAAAUCAAGUGGCCUAAUUGCUCAGAUAAUGAAGUCACAGGCUUCAGUCCUUCUAAUUUAAAGGGUCACUAUUGUUGAAUGCGUGCAUAAUGUAAACAGUGUGUAUGUUUAUAUAUAGAUUUAAUUAGGGUAUGGUGGUUAUCUAUUUUCUAAAGAUAAAAGUUUGCACAAAAGUCUAUUUUUAUUGUUUUAUUGUUGGAAUAAAAGCCAUUCAAUGGUAGAGUUGUAAAGCCAA